CUUGCUCUUCGCUUUUACGCCGCUGCCGCAAAAAUCGCUCGCUCACACGCGUGCGCAACUUCGCAAAAGUUUACGCGGCGAGUGCUGUGAGUGUGCUGCAAGUUCUUCUGCGGGUGCUUCUGCUCCUGGUUCUGUUCUUCCUUUUUUUUUUAAUGUACCGUGUCCGUUUAGGAAACAGUGCACGAAAAGUAGAGAGUCUGAGAAACUCGUUACGGGAAUUGCUUCGAGUUUGUGAAAGGCGAUCGUGAUAAGUUUGUUGGGUGAUUCUGCUUCGAAGCGUGCAGGUUGCAGUGAAGGUAUGUGAUGUGGUGAUGAGUACAGAAUGCCGCACGUCGACUCAUCUACGCGCCGCAUAUCAAGACAACACGAAGACUGUGACGCGAACAGUGUAACUACCAAGGUAACUGGCUAGAAAGAAGUUAUUGUUUCUCAACUUUUAAACUUAGUCUUCGAUUUUCUAGCGCGUACACCGUCGGAAAUAUGUUUCAGACUAACAGCUGGCGGAGGGCCGUCGCGGGCAAUGAUUACGCCCAGAUGACUCCACAAAGAAGCAACCAAAGGAGCUAUAGAACUUCCAAACUCCACAUCGACCAAUCAUUCCACUAAUAUCGCAUCCGCACAUAUCAUAGUAUACGUAUCUCUUACACAAUCUCACGACAAUGUCAUCGAUGUCUGCGUCCACCUGCCGCUACGAACCGGGAGACGUCCUUGAAUGCAACGCUCACUACGCGCCGGAGUGAUUAGCAUUCGUAUCGUGCCUGUCCUUAGACAUUCCCUUGACGAACAAAUAAACGAGCAACAAAGAAGCAGGCGCGCAACUCGGAAACACGUCGUCAGAGGGCAUCGUCAAAACGAUGGGUUAGCGUGCUACACCAGGCACCCAUGGUAGGGCGGAGGAGCUUCCUUCUGCUAGCUUGGACGCUAACCACCCCAGCGCUGGCUGGUCUCUACAGCGCCGAACUGGCAUACAACGAAACCGAGGAAUGGACCUACGCUGCUAACAACAGCGUCAUGCCGCUCUUUACGCUCCCGUUCAACGAUAGUGUGGAAGGUGGCAGUGACAAGAAGAAGGGUGACGUGGAAGAUGACGCUUACCGAAUUCCUCACCCCUUUCCGGUGGUUGGUGACGAUAAAAAGGCUCAAGUUGUGUUCCUGCUCGGGUUGUUCGAGUUAAGCGGGCCCUGCAAGGCCGCCGAAAACGGAAUAGCUGAGAGGGAAGCUGCGAGGAUGGCUAUAGAGCACGUCAACGAACGGGGAGUGAUUCCGGGAUAUCGCUUGGAGAUGUAUGAUAAUGACACAAAGUGUGACUCCGGGACGGCGAUCAAUGCAUUCUUCCACGCUGUCUAUCGGAAGCAGCAGAUGACCAUGCUGUUGGGAACAUCCUCAUCCGAAGUUACCGAAACAUUGGCCAAGAUAGUGAACCACUGGGGUGUCCUGCAGAUCUCGUUCGGGAGCGUGAGCCCCGUGCUGAGUGACCGUGGCGGGUUCCCUCUCUUCUACCGCACCGUGGCCCCGGACUCGACACACAAUGCAGCCCGUGUGGCCUUCGUUCGCCACUUUCGAUGGGAGACUGUCGCCAUCCUGCACGAAGACGACAAGCUCUACGCACUGCCCGUGAACGCUCUGCUCACAGAGCUUGAUAGUGCCAACAUCAGCGUCUCAACAUCCGAGGGCGUGACCCCGAACGAUUAUUCUGAACGGAUUCAAGAACUCAAGAAGAGCGACUGCCGAAUCAUCAUCGCCAGCUGCUCCAGCGACAUGGCAAGAAAAAUAUUCUGCGAAGUGUACAAGCAAGGCAUGUACGGCGCUGACUUCCAGUGGAUAGUGCUCGGUAGCCCGGAGCCGUGGUGGCACGACCCGGGUUCUUCCGGCUGCACAAAGGCCCAGCUCAGAUCAGCCACCGAAUCAGUGAUAGCUGUGUCGUCCUUGAGCAGUGAUUUGCUCAACUACACCACGGUAUCAGGUUUGGACCUGAGCACCUUCAAAGGACAGCUUCUACAACGCCUGCAAGACCUCGGCUACCAAUGGAGAACGAUGUCUUUCGGUCACGUGACGGAAGCUUACGAUGCAGUGUGGACGGCAGCGCUAACCCUACGAAGAGCCGAAGAACUCUGGCGUCGGCGGGACUCUCCGAUGACCCUCUCCGACUUCCGCUAUGAGAAGCUAUUACCGCAAGGAGCGAACGCCGAAGGGGAUCAGCAGAACGAGAAUGGAACGAAUGUGCCCGCUCGGAGAACCCGGCGAGAAAUGGUCAACAUCUUCGACAAGAUCCUCGCUGGCUUGCAUUUCAAGGGAAUCUCGGAACCACUAUCAUUCUCCGGAAGUAACCGAGUGGGCAUCACCGAAUUCCAACAAAACCGAGGUGGUAACCCUGUAAAGAUAGCUUUAUACGUACCAGAUACCAACGAGCUUGUCUUCGACUGUUACAAGUGUCUGCCCAUCGUCUGGCAAGAUGGCGAACCUCCUGCCGCCAGGCGCAUCGUUAAACUGAGCGUGGCCACAAUCCAAAGAAGUGUCUUCGUCUCCGUUUCCGUACUGGCGGUGUUUGGAAUGCUGCUGGCAUUGACAUUCCUGGCCUUUAAUUUAUUCUAUCGAAAGCGAAAGUCCAUCAAGCUGUCGAGUCCAAAGCUGAACAACAUGACAGUGGUCGGUUGCCUCCUGGUGUAUGUUGCGAUAGUUUUUUUAGGAUUGGACCACGAAACUCUCGGAAGCGACGCUCACUUUGCUGUUUUUUGCACAGCGCGAGCUUUUCUCCUGUCAGGCGGGUUCUCCUUGGCAUUCGGCGCUAUCUUUAUUAAGACGUAUCGGGUCCAUCAUAUCUUCAUACGAGCAUCUAGCGGCGUAAUCAAGAACAAGCUUCUGCAAGACCAGCAGUUGAUCGCCCUGGUGUGCCUACUGGUGGUGAUCGACUGUGCCAUCGUCACACUUUGGGUGACCUUCGAUCCCAUGGAACGAACGCUACGCAGCCUCACCAUGCAGAUCUCCAAAACGGAACGGGACGUUGUGUACCUUCCUCAACGAGAGCAGUGCUAUUCCGAACACAUGGCGAAAUGGCUGGGAGCCUUGUACAUCUACAAGGGACUCCUGCUGGUCGUUGGCUGCUACAUGGCCUGGGAGACCAGGAACGUUCAAAUUCCUGCACUAAACGACUCCCAGUACAUCGGACUGAGCGUCUACAAUGCGGUCAUCACGUCGGCCAUCGUCGUAGCCCUUGCCAACAUCAUCUCCGUUGAGCGGUACACGCUGACGUUUGUCCUGGUUGGUUCUCUCAUCUUCGUGUCGACUACGACCACACUAUGUCUGCUCUUCUUGCCAAAGAUUCACGCCAUCUUGAGCAACACGGACGUGGAAACCGUGGUGGCCUCCUCGGAAGUCCGUGUCGAAUUCAACACUCGUCGAUUCGCCAUCGACGAACGAAGGGAGCUCUUUUAUAGGGCAGAAGUCCAGAACAGAGCAUACGGCCGAGAAGUCAUGGAGCUGGACGCUGAGAUAGCUCGCUUGAAAAAGCUCCUGGGUGAACCUUUGAUCGAGUCUCCUGGCAGUGAGUCACUAAAGUCAGACAGCCCUCUUUCAUCUUUACUCGAGCGCUUCAAACGCAAGCGAGCCUCCCUGGACUUCGAACGGGCCUCCCGCAACAGGAACUCAAGCGGCUUCAACACGCCUGGACCUCCGACGCCCAAGUUCCGCGCAGGGCGCACCAUUCACGUCUCUAAGAUCUACUCCGUCAAUGCCAUGGUUCCUGUGACACCCGUCUUCAACCCCGUCCUCAGAACUUCGAACGCCCUCCAGGCACAAGGACACCUACAAGUUUCCCACAGUCCACAGACGCUUCGAGGAAGCCUUCCUCUCAUCAUAACCCCCGAGGACGGAGGGUCCAGCCGGGGGAUACCGCAUGCUGAUUCCUACCCUGCCCUCACUCCAACGAACUCUACAUGCACGAUAUGCCACGACGCCCCGAUGCCCUCACGUCACGAGGACGUGGACACACCGUCGGAAGACAAGGAGUCCCCGUGCGGUUCAGAAGAGGUUGUCAGUGCUGUGUCGGCCCCUCUGACGAACGGUGGUAGCACGACGGACGAGUACAGGACAGUGUCGUCAGAUGAUGACACGUACACGAGUUGCAGAACUUUCAAUCGAGGCUCGUCCUCGACUUUAGGUAAUUGUUCGCAGACGUUUCACGACGCGGUCGCCGAACCAGGACCAUUGGAAGUGGUAGAAGAGACAGGUGACGAGUCUUCCGCUGGUACCACGCCCGUCAGUGUCGUCAAGAUAGCGCCAAAUGUGUUAUAUAGUAAAGAGGACAGAAGAAGUCUUCAAGGGGAAAGGGACUACAUUUUGAAACAGCUGGACGAGGCUGAAGCGGUCGAUGUCUGACAGCUGGUUCUGCAGUGAGUUGGAGGAGAGGUAUAUGGUUCCUCUUGAGGUGCAGACUGGGAGGGAGCAGCAAGCAGGUUUGUAUAGUCAUGCCCGAUAGGUAGAACGAGGGGAUACAUCAUGGUGUUAGAGAUACCUCUUCGUGUCUGUCCUACGAAUCAUCAUACAUAAUCACAAUCAUCACAGUGACUAUCAAAUCCAAAUGAAAACAGGCAAAUCAUGCGAGACCAGAUUCAUCCAGUUUGAUCGCAACAGUAGGCAGGGUUUAGAUGCAAUGCGAAUCCACAGUAUGUGCGAGCCUAAAUAGUAUUUGACGUCACCCGAUUUACCAAUGCCAUUUAAUGCUCUGUUCGUGGAGUUGAAUACUGAAGUCACUAAUUCUUGGGCACAGCUUUCGAGCGAACCCCAGAGAAGCUCAUUUUCAGUAUCUGCUGAAGUAUACUGACACAAAUGUCUGUGGGAGUUUGACUUCAGAACGGGUGAAUACGGAAAUCCGUAAUUCUUCAUAGAUACUUGAUGUCCACGGCAAACACUACCGCGACUUUUCACAUUCACUGAAUCAGUUUUAAUCGGAGGAAAGAUGGCAGCCGCAUGAAUGGGCUUAUUGCGCCGCCAUAAAACAGAACGAUGGUCGAUAAAAACGCCAGUGACAGCUGAGGCUUUCACUGGGACGAGGCUGCGGUUUGCCCUAUUGGAAACGUGCGCGAACGGUAGAGUGUAAACAGAGAAACGCUCUCAGCGCCUCUAACGGUAUCCCUAGAGUUCGCUGGUGGGAAGCGGCUGCAGGAGCCUCAAGCAGGUAGCCGGCUGUGGAUGCAUUUCGAAUCAUGGCGUUACUAGCAAUAAGUUUACCGUAACAUUAAGAGGACUAGAGAAGGACUUUUAAGGGUUCAAUAUUGUAGAGGCGCUUUCCAAUAACAUAGUUUUCAGCUCUGUAAAAGCACGCUGUUUAGUCGCGGGACUAAGAACGAUCUUGGGGCACCACCCGCUUCAUCCUGUCGACUCGGCAAUAGGAUCCAGGAAUUUGGCGGGAUUUUCCCACGUAUUCCACAAAGUUCUUAGAAUCACCCUCCCAUAACCCUGCAAUACGAAUAGUAUAUAGUACGAAUAUGUUACGCACACACCCUCCAACUGAAAUCCGAAAGCCCCUCAAUCCUCAAAAUCCUGCCGAGAUCCCUGCCUUGACCUUAUUUGGUAUCGGGAUGUGUACGCUACGUAGCAAAUAACGCCGCGAUGUUCACCGUAUUUUCGUUUCAUUAACUUCACCAUGGUUUCACCACUUUGGCCACACGCAUGCCGUAGCUCUCCCACCAGCAGCCCUUGAUGCCACCCACACAGAGGCUCAGCGUGUGUGAUGCACUGUACAUGUACGUAAAGUAUAUGGCUGGCUUUACGAAGCAGUCUGAUAACAACGACAAAGCAUAUAUAUAUAUAUAUAUACACCACGUAGCUCAUUGCAAAUUACUAUUGCAAAACCUGCAUCACUAUAAGAAAUACAGACAAAUUUUUGUUUGUUCUCGUGAGGUUGCCUGAUGAUGACAGCAGCAGUAGCAACAACACAGUAUUGCAUUCACGAAGAUGCUUGAGGAAUGAAUCUCACGACACACCUCACUUAGAUAAUCCCUUCCAUCAUCUGCGAAUACUGAAAUGAGCACACGAAUGUACAAAAGGUUACCACUGCUACAACAUAUCAAGUACUUUUUUUUUUCUUCAGCCUGAGGGAAUCCCUGUGUACAGAGUAGGUUUCAAUUAUAUGUGUAUGCCACUAUUCAGACCUCCAUGGAGAUAAUCCUGAAAUAUUCAUCUAGGCACCACGAGAUACAUUUCAAGUGUAGACGAGCUUACGACGUUGAUUACAUAGUGUAGGGAACACGAGCCCUGCCGAGAUAUCUCGCAAUAGAUAAGAGAGAGACAUCAAACCUGUGGCUUGAUGACGCAGAAAGCUAUAACCUAAUUUCGAGUUAGACGACUACGAAAAAAUAUUCACUAUCGUGCAGGCAAAAUUACUUUAACAAUGUCGACUGAAAUAAGACUACCUGUUCCAAAUGUUAGUUCACUUCCAAUGACCUGUGCCUUAAAUGUUUAUAGCCUACAGUUGAGUAGUAUCUUAAUACCCUGUGUAGAGCUUACGUAUUUAAAUUCCACGCGGAUACCCACAAAAUGUCCUGCAACAUCCCUUCUUAAGGGGAACAGUGGCAUGUCAUAACCAUGACCUACCAUAGAUUAUAGCGACCAUGACAUAAUCGGCAAACCCAAUGAGUAGCCCGUCCGCAUGAUCCGCUAGGGGCGCCACUUAUCGGCCAGCGAGAUGUGCAUCACGACUGGACGAUGGAAAUUAGAAUUUUGAAGCAGCAGAAGCGGACGCACGAUUACCGUAGCAGACGACAGCAACAGUUCCUAUGAAAACGCGUGGAAUGAUGGCGAUAAUGAACUUCAAAAGGAAGCACCUCUCUUGGGACAUCCACCGCUUGUACAAAAAUACUAAGAUAAGCUAAAGUGCAGAGUAUUGUAGAAAUUAAGCAAGCGAUAACCGGGCCGCUGAGUGGCGCCACCACUAGCCUCCAACCGCGGUGCUGGGAAGGGGUCCGUAUGACGCGGUCGCUAUAAUUCAGUGGGUCGUGGUCGUAACACUGCCUUGCAGGUGUGCUACAGUGUUGCCCAAAUUAGGAAAUGCAGAAAGCAGUAAAUAUUGUACGAGUGCUCCUCCUGCAUAGUGAAACUCUCUCUCAAAUAAUUUCAUUACCUGCGAGGUACUGCUACAUAAAGUGUUUCAUCUUUUAAUGUUGAAAAUGCCCAAGUAAAUAUAGAUCAAGUGAGGCUUUUGACAGUACUUUUGAUACCCCCAAAAAUGCAUAUUACCACCGUGUGGCUCUAGUAAAUGUCACCAGGGCAAUGAAAACAGUAUUACGUUAGUAUGUGCUAUCCCUGUCUGAAUUCCGAAGGAAACGAAAUACUUCUUCGCCAGAAAGUCGGCUGCACCUCUAGGUAGCAGCUGGGACAAUUUCUCGUAACUGACGGCGUAUACUCAAAUGUAACGACAUUAGUCCGAUUUUGAGCUUCCUGCUUUGAAGAAGGCAUACGGAGCCAGGGUGUCUACCAAGCUGCAGCCUCCAAAUUCCCUGACCAAAACAAACGAGAAUGUGGUGCCUGCUCGUACGUUUUGACACAGAUCACUCAUAGAACAGAUAAUUUAUUGAGUAAUUGAAUAACACGCGUCAUUCACUCAAAGAAACAGAGUACAUGUCUCCGCUUACUGUUUAGGAGAACCAAUUUUUUUCCUGCGCUAGGGAGAUCUCGUACUAUGUUGCAUUUAUGACCCUUGUCUUUUUUUUUUUGUUAAAGGUCGCUUAUAAGUGAGGCUGCCCCGCUUUUCUGCAACAGAGCUUGUCGUAUUGCCAAACUUACUUGCGGCAAUGUUACUGUGUCAGAAAUGAUUGGCACCGCGGUUCACGGUGUACUGUCGUGGCACUUGUCUGCGAUUUUCUCAGACUCCAGCUGCUUUUUGGCAACUUUCCCUAACAGUCCCCCACCCCCCGACUUUUCCGGUUGCAACAAAAUUCCCCGACCAUUCCUGUUUGUCUAAGGUUGGUAGACACCUUGGGAACGUCUGAUCCAAGUUAUUGUUAACCGAAGCCUUCAACGCUGUGAAUAACUAUACCUGUACAGAAGUCUAACGUACUAUAAAAAAAAAAGGUAUGCUUAGCACUACCUUUUUCGGUGUGUGCCAAAAAUAAAGGUACGUCAAAGCGUUGCACAUCUCACAAAACCUUAAAGUCCAACGUGCAAUCAUCAGUGCCCGUAUACGCUUCUCUGUAACAGGUAACACUCAAUCGAAACAUUUCAAGUCAUCUCCCCGUCCAUCCCAACGAAGCCUAAUUAACGGCGGAAAUAUCAUCUACAGUAUUGUUGUACGCAUACAUUUCAUGUUGAUACUCGUUUUGUGAUGGCUGCUAAGCUUACAUGAUGUCAUGCAGGAUAGGUACAGUGAAUGUGGUAGCUGCCUUCAAUGUCUAUAGAUAUUGGACCAACACUGCCAGUUGAAAGCGCCACGGUAGUUUUGUCUGUUGUGAUCCCGACCAGAAUCGCGCACAUGUCCUAUGUAGCCACGUCUGGUUGCUGACAUAUCAUGACAGCUGUGACAGAUUUUGUAUAUGACUACUGUAAAAUAAACCCUGUCAUAAACACGA